AUGAACUCCUCUCUGGGCUUCGUGACUGUCAUACUCUUAGUGUUUGGACAAACCUGUGGAGACUCGGUGACCCAGAUGGAAGGCCAAGUGACUCUGUUAGAAGGUGCUCUCCUGACUGUUAAUUGUACUUAUUCAGCCACAGGCUACCCCACUCUUUUUUGGUAUGUUCAGUAUCCCAGAGAAGGUCCACAGCUCCUCCUGAAAGCCUCAAGGGACAAUGAGAAUGGAAGCAACAAAGGAUUUGUAGCCACAUACCAAAAACAAGCAAAUGCCUUCCACUUGAAGAAAGCCUCAGUCCAGCACUCAGAUUCUGCCAUGUACUACUGUGUGCUGGAUGACACAGUAACAGACACUGCAGGGGGAGCUGAGCACAAACGUGGGAACUUGGACCUAUUGUGA